GAUCUCAAACACAAGAACUGAAGCGAAGGAGCACUCCACUCCACUCUCCAGACAGUCCAGGCGCUUUUGCAGGGCUUCAGAGCGUGGAAGUCACUCGUCUUUGCAAGUCAGAGGUGAAGCAGGAAGACGUGUCAUAGCAAAGCAGUCAACAAAAAGUCUUCGCUUAGUGAAACUUGUUACACUGUUGGCUUCGUUCUGCUUUUGUGCAGACCUCCACUCCAGCUGUACAGCAUACGAAUUUCUCAGCAUUGGAAGUCAUGGCUGAAACCGAAGCGUAUAGCUCAGAAGUAGUUGAAGGCCUUCAGCCGGAGCAAGCUUUUGCAAAUCCAGCUAUGGAUGAGAAAACCGACUCCGACGGUCAAAUGGACCAAGUGAAAUUUAUUGGCGUUCGUCCGGCAUAUCCUCCUGGUGAGAGUAUCAAAGUUUUGUAUUGUGUUGGAGAUGAAGUCGAAGUCACUGCUCAUGACUGGGUUGGUGUGUACAAAGUUGGCUGGUCAUCGCCCAAGAACGACUACUUCACGUUUGUUUGGUCCCCACCAACUCCGAGUGAAGGCACGGAGCAAAGUGUUUCAUUCGCGCCACGCUACUUGCCGAAGGACCAGGAGUUCUAUCAGUUCUGCUAUGUGACUAAGGUGGGAGAUAUUCGAGGCGUCAGUUCACCGUUUCAAAUCAGAAACGACUACUUCUCUGACGAUGACAUCGUUUGUGUCGAGUUGGAAGAUGAAGCUGCGGAUGUCGUGCUGGUCCAGACUCGUGAGCGCAGAGCUCGCGAGCAGGAAACCGAAAGUCGUCUUGCUGACUUGCAGACAACCGUUGCCUCUCUUCAAGUGGCAGAGGAGGACUGGAAAGAAAGAACGGAGGUCUUGAAACAACAGAAACAUAAACUCUCGGAGGAAAAGGACCGUGCCUGUGCUCAAAUUGCCGAAAUAGAGAGCAAGAUAGCUUCCUAUCUGCAGGAGAUUGACUUGCUGCGCAAGGAGAAGGCCAAAGCUGUUGACCAAAACCAGCAGUCGGUUAAAAUGGUGGCAGACAUCGAGACCCGAUUGGCAUCUGUCGUCCAUAAACUUGACGUGUCGGGAAGCGAAGUGGCAGUAGCAAUUCAGGAGCGGGAGCGUCUUGAAAGCGAACUCACGGAGAAGAAAGCGUCCAUUGAUGAGCUGAAGUUGGCGUUCGAAGAUACAGUGAAGAUACUGGCGUCAACAAGUACUCAACUGGAAGCUGCACAGGAUGACAAUUGCAGGCUCACGGAUACCAUUCAGCACUUCGAAAAAGAAAUUGGUGGGCUGAAGCAGGAACUUGAGCAGCGCAGAAGUGAUACGGAGUGCCUGCACGAAGCUUUGGAGAUUGCCAAUGCACGCAAGGCAGCCGAUGAUGAGUUGCUCCAGGCAAAAGAGACGCACAUCGAUGAAUUGCACUGCAAGUUAGUGGAAGCAGAUGCUGGUCAAUUAGAGGAAAUGGCCAGACUCUAUACUGAGAAUGGUAAGUUUAGAGAGUCUGUGGAGACCAGCCAGAGAUUAGUUGAAAACCUGCAAGGCGAACUGGCUGCCUUGCGCUUGUCGGCUGAGGAGAUGGAGUCUGAAACACAGCGUGUGGCGAGCCGUGUGGAUGAAAGUCAUAUUGUUCAUGCAAACAUGGCCGAGUUGAUUGGUGAGAACAAUGCCCUGAAAAGGGACAAUGAGGACCUAGCCGGAAAGGUUACGGAACUGACCCAGUUGUCAGAAGAGAAUGCCGCACUGGAAAGCGAGAAGAUGGCUCAACUGAGGGAAGAAAUGGCUGAACUUAGAGAAGUCUAUUCGAGCCGUGUAGGUGGAGCAGCCAUGUUUGGACUGCGCCGUGCGUUUGAGGAUGCCCAGAGGCAGUGCGAGGAGGCGCACGCCGCCAACCGGCAGCAAGUGCGUGUUACUCGCGCUGCCGAAUCCACCGUGAAGACUCUGGAGGAUGAGGUUGAAAGUCUGAACGAGCUGGUGAAGAUGCUGAAGGGCAAGCUGCAGGAGGGUGCCGAACACUACAGGAGCAAGUACCGCGAGUGCGCCCAGCUGAAGAGAAAGCUGGAGGAGAUGGUCGCAUGCUCGGCCAAUGCAUCUACUGACUCAGCAAACAUUGAUCUUUUGGAAGAAAACUCGGAACUAAGAGUGGCGCUGAUGGAGGCUGAAGCUAGCGCUUCCCAGAAGUGCAUGCAACUGGAUGAGUGCGAGUCUGAGCUGGAGAGACUGCGGGAGGAUAAUGAGCGUCUGAGGCGCGAGUCUUGCCGACAGCUUAUGCAGUCCCUUCACUUGGAGAACGCCCAGCCUGCACAGACCCUAGCCACUGCUGCACAGGCAGCCGCCGCCCCACUUGCGCCGCAGUUCAGCGCUGCCAGUGGUCCCGAGGUCGAUGCUCGCGUCUGUCCGAUCUGCAGCCUUGAAUUGCCAUGGGAUAUGGCUAUCGAGGAGGUCAAUCAGCAUUGCGCGUCUCACUUCGAAUCCGUAUACUAGAGUAGUGUAAGUACCGCCAGGAGACUUGUGGACUCAAGGGACUCGGGACAUACUUCUGCAUGCACCUACAUGUACCUAGCUUGACCGCUAUCAUAAAACAGACCAUUCCUAAUAUCGUAAUCAUCAUCAUCAUCAUCAUCAUCGUUAUUCACCUAGAUUUCUACGCUGCAUUAGUUUUAGGAAGGACGUGUGAUAUGUGUUUAUAAUAUGUUUAUCUCCCUUUUUUCUGCUUUAUCUCUUCUAUGACGGGGCUUGGGGUAGACAGCUUUAUCGUACGGGGCUUGGGGUAGACAGCUUUAUCGUCCUUUUAGCCAUAGUUCCGUACUUUGCUACUCGUCACUUGUAGGUUCUGCGUAUCAUGUACCCUGUAUAUGUGUGUGUGUGUGUGUGUGUUUGUGUGCAGUUGUGUGUAUUUUCUCGUAUCCGCUGGCAGGACAAAAAGUACUAUCACCACCUGCUAUAAUUCAAUUGCUUGUGUUCCCACCCUGCUCAAUUUCAUCAUUCUGUUGUAUAUUUCCGUUGUUGUGACGACCCUGAACCUGGCCGAGCUGCCGCUGGUAUAGCUAGUGAUUUAACGACUGGUACUGCACAUUGCAUCACUGCAAUUGCUUUUAUUCUGUGCUUUUCAUGUAUCAUCAGAUUUAAUCGCUGGUUAAUCUCUCCACAUCAGACGAAAAAAUGAUGAGUGGAGAAAAGAAAGGAAUCCAAGAAGAA